AUGAUGCAGCCGAGCAGCAGGUCGGCCGAGGCCCUUUUCCAGCAGCAGCCCCGCUCGCCCCCUGACCACUGCCACCUGGUGUCCGUGGACUCGCCAGGGUCGCGAGACCAGGGUGCGUCCAACACGCACAUCAAGCGGCCGAUGAACGCGUUCAUGGUGUGGUCGCGCGGCCAGCGGCGCCGCAUGUCCCUCGAGCACCCCAAGAUGCACAACUCGGAGAUCAGCAAGCGGCUCGGAUGCGAGUGGAAGUUGCUCAAUGAAGCCGAAAAGCGGCCAUUUAUUGACGAGGCCAAGCGACUGAGGGCCCUUCACAUGUCGGAGCACCCUGAUUACAAGUACAGACCGCGACGGAAGCCAAAGAGCAACCUGAAGGCCAAAGACCACGGCUCAGGGUCGUCGGGAGGUCACCACAAAUUUGGCAAACCGUGCGUCCCCUCCACUGCCACUCCUUCGGCCGCCAGUCCGUCAAGCUCAAACCAAAGACUCUCUUUCUACCCCUUCCAGAGCAACUUCCUGAACCCAGCCCUGGAGUCCUUCCACCACGCGGUGGUGCGCUCCUUCUUCCCCUUCCCCGCUCCCCCUCCCCUCUCCGAGAUCUCAGCCGAUUCAAGCAAAUUGAUCGAACAGCACAGGUUGCAGGGCCUCUUCCCCUACCAGCCUUCCCUGCCCUUCUACCCCCGCCUCUUUGACUCCUGCCUCGGCCGGGACAAGGAGGAGACGGAUCGCAAGUCCCCUGACACACUGCCCUUGGCCCCACCCCUACACCCCAGCUGCCCCAGCAAGGUGCCCACAAAGUUCAGCAGCAUUCCCGCCCUGUGCGCUCCGGUCUCCAAGUGCAGCGAGUGCGUUUCGGCCCGACCUUCUUUUGGUCUGGAGCAGGAGCCUCUGCGGAUCGCCAUCCCGAGGCCAAUCGCCCUGUCGCUCCAGGUGCAGCCAAAAGACUCAACAACCCCUUCACCGUCAAAUUCGGCAUAG